CCAACUCCCAUCACCCCAUUCUUUGUUCUUUGCUGGCCUUGGCACAUCGGCAAUGUCAAGCAAACGAGAAAAAUGCAACUGGUGUGGAAAACUACUGCUAGUGCCACCGAAUGCUGAAACCGUUCGAUGCCCUGGGUGCCAGGCCGUAACCUGGGUUCAAUCCUACGACACUCUGGUUCAAGCCCGGGACUCAUUAGGCCACGCUGCUGCGAGCCGGUUCAAUGAUCUCAUCAACACAGUUUCUAGCAACAUCAGCAAGGUUUCUGAUUCAGUGAAUUACAGCUAUUCGGGUCCACAGAAGUAUCAUUAUGGUUAUGGAAAUUAUUACAGACCUUCACCACCACCACCACCUCCACGGCCAGCUUUGACUCCUCCUCCAGCUCAUGGAAGGAAGCGGGCGGUGCUUUGUGGAGUGAGCUACCGUCAGAAGAGUUACAGGCUUAAAGGAACUGUCAAUGAUGUCAAGUGCAUGCGUUAUUUUCUUGUUGACAAGUUUGGGUUUCCUGGUGACUCUAUUCUCAUGCUCACAGAAGAUGAGAUAAACCCACUAAAGAUUCCGACGAAACACAACAUUCGAUUAGCCUUGCAGUGGCUAGUACAUGGUUCCCAGUCAGGGGACUCAUUGGUGUUCCACUUCUCAGGGCAUGGAUCUCAGAAACCAGACUUGGACAUGGAUGAGAUUGAUGGAUAUGAUGAAACAUUGUGUCCUCUUGAUUUUGAGAAUGAAGGAAUGAUAAUUGAUGAUGAGAUUAACCAAACAAUUGUAAGGCCACUGCCCCAUGGAGCUACUCUUCACGCGAUCAUCGAUGCCUGCCAUAGCGGAACUGUGCUGGAUCUACCAUUUGUUUGCAGGAUGAAUAGGGAAGGACAGUAUACAUGGGAAGAUCAAAGAUCCAUAUCAGGAAUUUAUAAAGGCACAAGUGGUGGCCUAGCCUUCUCUUUCAGCGCCUGUGAUGAUAAUCAGAUAACAAUUGAUACUAACAGUUUUUCAGGGACAGCGAUGACGGGAUCGAUGACUUACAGCUUCAUCCAUGCAGUGCAGAGCCAACCUGGACUGACAUAUGGUCACUUGGUUAAUUCCAUGCGCUCUGCAAUCCGAGAUGGUAAAACGACUGGAAUACGCCUCAAUGGUCCGCUCGCAAAUCUGAUGAACAAAGUAAUCUUUGGUUCUGCAUUGUCGCAGGAGCCUCAGUUGUCAUCUUCUCAGAUGUUUGAUGUUUACUCCAAACGAUUUGUGCUAUAGAAUCAAGAACAGUUGCUACCCAAAUCAGCAAAUGAUUUUUUCAAUCAUAUAAUCUAGUUAUUUAUCUGGGUUUUUAAUGUUGUACAAUAAUACUAAAUUUAUCAGCAAAACUGUGUUAUCAUACUCAUUGAAUUUCCUCUAUAUUUUGCUUCUUAUUAUUGUAUUCCAAAUAAAUUAUAAUGA